AUGCGGCCGACGCUCUUCCGACCGGCGCGCGCCCUCACGCGCGCAGCCGCCCGCGUGCUCUCUGUGCCCGCACGCAACGCAGCACACGCGUCCUGGGUCGAUGCAGACAAGACGUACUUCCAGCAGCUCCUUUGCCCCGAGAACGUGCUCACGGCGGCGGACGACACGGCCGCGUUUACAGUGGACUGGCUCAAGAAGUACCGCGCGCAAAGUAGCCAUCAGAUGGUGCUGAAGCCCAAGACCACGGCGCACGUUGCAGCGAUCCUCAAGUACUGCAAUGACCGGAACUUGCCCGUGGUGCCGCAGGGAGGCAACACGGGUCUCGUGGGCGGCAGCGUGCCCGUGUACGACGAAAUUGUGCUCUCGAUGGCCUCGAUGAACAAUGUGAUUGCGUUCGACAGCGUGUCGGGCAUCUUGACGUGUGAAGCGGGCUGUAUCUUGGAGAACUUGGACAAUUACGUGGCCACGCACGGCUACAUGAUGCCGCUGGAUCUGGGCGCCAAAGGAACGUGUCAAAUUGGUGGCAACGUUGCAACCAAUGCCGGCGGACUGCGGCUGUUGCGGUACGGAUCACUGCACGGCACGGUGCUUGGCAUUGAAGCAGUGCUGGCCGAUGGUACCGUCUUUGACGGGCUGAGCACCAUGCGGAAAGACAAUACGGGCUACGACUUGAAGCAGCUGUUUAUUGGAUCGGAAGGCACGCUGGGCGUAGUGACCAAGGUAUCGAUCUUGACGCCUCCCCGUUCGUCGUGCAAGAAUGUUGCGCUGCUAGCGUGCAACGAUUUCGAGGCCUGCCAGAAAGCGUUUGUCGAGGCAAAGAAAAAGUUGGGCGAAGUUCUAUCCGCGGUCGAGCUCAUGGACCGUCAGUCGCUGGACAUGGUCUUGUCGCAGCAGGACUGGACGAAGGAUCCGCUCGAUACGCCGAGUCCGUUUUACGUUCUGAUUGAGACGUCGGGCAGCAACACGGAUCACGAUAUGGAGAAGCUGGAGGCCUACCUCGAAGACGUGAUGGGGUCUGGUGUUGUCGUCAAUGGUACGGUUGCGCAGGAUGAGGCACAGGCGCAAAAGCUGUUUAUGCUGCGCGAAGAUAUUACGAUGGCUCUCACCUCUCGCGGCUAUGUGUAUAAGUACGACAUUUCGCUGCCAAUGGACCAGUACUAUCAGAUUGUGCAGGAAGUUCGUGGCAUGAUGGCACCUCUUGGUGCUGAAGUGGUCGGAUUCGGUCACAUGGGUGACUGCAACCUGCACCUGAAUAUCUCGACACCCGCUUACGACGAGAAGGUGUUUCAUGCGCUGGAGCCAUUCGUGUUUGAGUGGACGUCCAAGUACCGUGGAAGCAUCAGUUCGGAACACGGCAUUGGCACGCACAAGCCAUCGUACCUUCACCUGUCCAAGUCCGACGACUCCAUUCGACUGAUGAGGCGGAUGAAGAACAUGAUGGAUCCAAAGGGGAUUCUCAAUCCGUACAAGGUUCUUCCGGUCAGCGAGGAGAAUAGUGCUGUUUUGUAG